AGAAUACCCGCACCUUCUAGUAUUUUCUCUCUUUUUUUACUCGUUUCUUUAUCAUGCACAUUUUCGUCGAAUAUCAGGUUAUGUUGCAUCAAAACAAGAAAAGAGUCACAAAUAAUAUUCAAUCAAGAAAUUGAUGUCUUCACUUAACAUAUUGUUGUAAAUAAUAAUUUAUGCAUAAACAUGUUGAGUUACUCUCUUCGAAUUGCAACAAAUAAAGCAGUAUCAUCAGUUUUCACCGGUUCUAAAUUUUUACGUACUUCAACUCCAAUUUAUCGUCGUGAUUAUUCAACAGUUGAAUAUUCAACAGCAGCUGCUGCUAAACCAGCUCCACAAAAAGAAGCAAAUGAAAAAAUUACAACAAUCGAUCCACUAGAUCAUCCAGAUUUUUUUGGAGUUCACAAAUUAUUUACCGUUAAAGAUUUAUUUGAUGCUCGAGUACAUUAUGGACACAAAAUCGGUACUUUAGAUGACCGUAUGAGGCCUUUUAUUUUCGGAUCACGAUUGGGACAUUUAAUAUUUGAUCUUGAUCAAACAGCAGACUUCUUGCGAGCAGCUUUGAACUUCACUGCUCAUAUUGCUUUUAGAGAUGGAAUUAUUUUAUUCGUAUCAAGAAAUCCUUUAGCUACUCAUCUCGUUGAAAAAACAGCCAAAGAAUGUCAGGAAUUCGCACACACUAGAUUCUGGAAACCUGGAACAUUUACAGAUGCCACAAAAGAAUUUAAAGCAGUAACAAGAUUACCAGAUCUUUGUAUUUUUAUUACAACGCUAAAUGACGUUCUUACUCAACAACAUGGCAUCACAGAGUGUGCGAAAAUGUUAAUACCUUCAGUAGCAAUUGUUGAUACAAAUUGUAAUCCUAAUUUAGUUACAUAUCCUGUACCAGGAAAUGAUGAUUCUCUAGCCUCAAUUGAACUUUAUUGUUCAUUGUUUAAAGAAGCUAUUUUACGGGGUAAAAAAGCUCGCAAUAAAAUAAUGGAUGCUUCGUAAA